AUGUCAUUAGCGACUAAAGAACCGAAAAUUGUCAGGAAAGCAGUAGCAACAGGAAGAGGAGCCAAAAUUCAACCGGUUGGAUCGAAAAUCACUGCCAGGACGGUAGGUGGAAGACAUUUUGUUUACAGGGGAUUUUAAAAUGAAGAAAUUUUGUUUACAGUCUUUUUGUGACAGAAAAUGAUUUUUUAAAGUUGAUUUUUAAAAUUUUAAAAAUUUUUGGGCAUGGAAAUAAUUUUUUUUGGUUUUUUUUUUUAAAAUUGGGUUUGUGCACCUUGCGAGCGACAAGUUAUCGUUUAAAGUUAUUUUUAGACAUUUCACGUCGUGUAAAGAAAGUUUUUGCUAUUCUUUGUUUUGUAAAGAGUUCUUGCAUUUUUUGUUUUGUAAAGAAAGUUCUUGCCAUUUUUGGUUUGUAAUGAAAGUUUUUGCCAAUUUUUUUAAAAAGAUGAAAUUUUUUUCAAUUUUAAAAAUUAAAAUUAAGUUUUUUAAUGAAAUUCAUUUUCAGAUAGCUCCAGAAUCAGAAAUCAAAAAAGAGCUGAAUGGAAAUCCACCCCCACCGAAACAAUUCCAAAAAGCCCAGAGCAUCGACAGAACAACAAUAUCGGCUCGAAAAUUGACCACAAGACCAAAGACUCUAUUAACUCAAAGUAAAAUGAGUCAGUCGGUUAUGAAUCUGAAUGGAAGUACACUAACAACAUCAAGUUCGGUCGAAGUUUUGAGAAAAACCCUUCAGAAACAUGUGACGGAGAAGCUGGAGGUAACUAGAGAAAAACUGGCAUAUCAACUAGCAGACGGAGUGAUUCUGUGCAACUUUGUCAAUUCUCUUUGGCCAAGAACAAUACCGACGGUGGGAAAGGCGUUGGGAAGCUUGGUAGGUUAUAUUUUUGGGUGUUUCCUUUGACAAUAUGGCCGAUUUUUUAAAAUUUUUCAAAAAGUGGAAAGAAAGUUUCUUUCAAAUUUCAAAAAUGUUCGUAAAGUUCAUUUUACAUCACUGUAAACAAAGUUAUUGCUAAAAAAUCAAUCUCUGCACCGUGCAGCGCCAUUUGUCUUCUUUGCACAGUGCGAAAGCGCGAUCUCGUCCGAUCUGGCAAGUUAAGCAACGGUGCGCUUGAUUAUAAAAAGUUAGAGGAACACUGGGUAAAGACAAAGUUUUUGGGGUUUUUAGGGUAGCGGAAAGAAAGUUUUUGCAUUUCCAACACGACGUGGCAUUAAGAAUGGCAUUUUUUGGAUUUUAAACUAAGUUUUUGGAUCUUUUUCUUAUUUUUGGGGUAUAAAUUUUGUCCUUUUCAGUCAGUAGCCCAAACUCGAGCACGAAAAAACGUGGAGAACUUUAUUGUAGCUUGCAGAAGUCAUGGUGUGUCAGAUGUAAGUGUUAUUUUUUGAAAUUCAAUUUAAAAAAAAUUUUUUUUUAAUUUUAAAAAAAAUUUUAAUUUUAAUUUGAAAACUUUUUUUGAACUUUGGAUUUGAAAACUUUUAAAAAAUUAAGUUUAGACCUCCCUAUGCACGGUGACGGACAUUCUGGAACGGAAAAAUCUUCAAAACACUGCCAAAAAGGGUCGUUGCACUCGCAAAACUGGUCGAUAA